UGAUGAGGUGAGCCACAACAGACUUUGUAUUGAGCCUUGUGUCACGUGUACAAGGUAUUAAUUGACGUCGCAGUUAUCAAACACUACCUGAACUUCUUCAUUUACUACACGUUCUUCUAUGUACGGUAAUUAUCCAAUUCAUUGGCCUGAACGUGAUUUAAGAAUAUUGCACUUCCAAGAGUCUCAUUGUCCAGGGUGGUGAUCAAUCCCACAUGGUUGUUAGUUAUUGUAUUUCAUAGGAAUGUGUGGAUGUGUGGUAGAGUUGACAUUCCACAAUUAAGAUUCCAUUUUGAGAAGAUUCGAAUACUUACGCGUACUAAAAUACCACUAUAUGCUCUAAAUCUUUCUACCAAUUCGUGUUAGUAAAAGCCCUUGGUCUUACGUUCAAAAGUAAAGGUUUUCAACUCAUAAGCAACCAAUACGGAUUUGAUUUUGUUAAUUAUAAUAGAACUAACACCAACAAUAUAGGUCACUCCCUUCGCUUCGUGUUCCUAGAAGUUUAUGAGGGAUUUCGCUGUGAGUCUGGUGAUGGUCACUGUAGAAACUAAACUAAAACGAAGGUAGAUAUUUUAAAAACUAUUUCAGGGCAUCUUUUUUAUUGCACUUUACACAGUAUAAUAAUCAGAUCUUGAUUCAAAGUCUCGAUUGUGUUUUUUUCUGUUCUUGUGUGAUUUAUUUAAUUAUUAAUCAAUGCGAAAUUAUGGUUCUUCUACAAAUUAAUCCCGACUGUUACUCGCUGUGUAGUCUUCCCCCACUCUGUCCUGUUGUGUACCCGACCCUGUUGUUAGCUGUUGGUGUUAACUGCCCCGUUAGUGUUCACAAUCAUCUACCGGUCGGUCAUUAUGGCUACGAUAAACCGGUUACAAUGUACCUAGUUCUGACGUGUACCCUGACUGUACCCUUACCUACUCUGUACCCUGACGUGUUCUCUAUCUUGGCCUAUACUGCACCGUGACUUAUCUGUAUCUUGGGGCCUACUGUACCGUGACCUAUCUGUACCUAGGGGGUCACUGUACCGUGACCUAUACUAAAUCAUGGCCUCUACUAUUCAUUGACAUAUUAAUAUCUGACCUAUAGUGUACCCUGACCUGUAGUGUGUACCCUGACCUGAAGUGUGUACCAUAACCUGUAGUGUACCAUGACCUGUAGUAUCACUGACCUGUAGUGUACCCUGACCUAUAGUGUACCCUGACCUGUAGUGUACCCUGACCUGUAGUGUACCAUGACCUGUAGUAUCACAGACCUGUAGUGUACCCUGACCUGUAGUGUACCCUGACUUGUAGUGUACCCUGACCUCUAGUGUGCCCUGAUCUGUAGUGUACCCUGACCAUAUUAGUGAGUCUUGUUAUGAAGAGAUUCCAUUCCGUCCCACUGAGUGUCGCCUACGCAUGAGAGUGAGUACAUAGAGUCCCCAGAGGAAUCCCUAGUGUCCUUAUCCAUGAGUAGGACUCCUAUAGACGGUCUUGAAGGAUCCUAAAGCCUGGGCGACGUCUUGCAGGAGAAUGUAGCAACAGCCUCUUAUUCAUGCUCGAGCUCCUCCUCCUCCUCCUCCUCCUCCUCCUCCUCAUUUAGUCUCACCACCAUUAUCCUAAUAUCCUGUAGAUGAGGUUCUCUGUAGGAGUGGAACAUUGAUAACGUUUUGUGUGGGAAAUUAAACCCUGAUCCUACAGAGUGCCGUGGGCCUCUAUGCUUGUUAUACAUUCUUCAUGACUUUUUUUUGUGUUUUAACCCCAUUUUUUGCUGAUACCUUCUCAUGUUCUAUAAUAUUUGUAUCAGUUGUAUGAUGUGCUUCUUCUAUACCUGAUAUCCUGCUCUGAUAUACAGGACAAGCUGAGCCAAGCGUUUUCUCAUCUUCUUUUUUCUUUUUCUUUUUUUAACCUCUUGUACCUUUCUGUCUGUUCCCUCUUCUUUUUUAUCUCCUCCUUCUACAGCUCCUUUUCUCCUCUUACUUCAUUUCUCUGCGCAGUCUGGCAUGACGUCCCUGCCCUUAAUUUUCCAGGCAAUCUGCUUCUAUGCGCCGAGGUGGAUGUGGAAAAAUUGGGAAGGUGGCAAAAUCCAUGCCUUAAUGAUGGAUUUGGACGUGGGUAUCUGUUCCGAAGUGGAGAAGAAACAGAAGAAGAAGCUGCUACUGGACUACCUCGCCGACAACCUCAAGCAUCACAACUGGUGGGCCUACAGAUACUUCUUCUGCGAGCUGUUGGCCUUCCUCAACGUCGUGGAUCGACCGCUUCCUAGGCAACACCUUCCUCACCUUCGGUCUGGACGUGAUCAAGUUCAUGGAGGACGACCAGGAAGUGAGGAUUGAUCCCAUGAUCUUCGUGUUCCCGCGCAUGACCAAGUGCUCCUUCAGUAAGUUCGGUACUGGGGAGCUCGAGAAAUACGACUCCCUCUGUAUCCUCCCCAUCAACAUCGUCAACGAGAAAAUCUACAUCUUUCUCUGGUUUUGUUUUGUUGGUGUUCCUGACGUUCUUCGUGUUGCUCUACCGCCUCAUGAUCAUCCUCAGUCCGCGGAUGAGGGCCUACCUCUUGUGUCUACGCUUCGCCUUAUCAACAAGGAAGUCAUAAACACCAUAGUCAGGAAGAGCAAGAUGGGCGACUGGUUCCUCUUCUAUAUGUUGGGACAGAACGUCGACACGCUUAUAUUCAAAGAAGUGAUGCACGAACUGGCUAAGAGACUUGGCCACGCAUCUAAAGACUUUGGAGAGCCAUGAGCACCGUGUAAAUAGCCACAGGGUGUUUACCACGAACGUCUGUGAUCCUAACACACCUAGUUUAAGAUAGUGUCGCGGUCAGCGGAGACCGAGCCGCCCCUCCUGAGCUGCUGUGUCCUUCCAACACCUUACCGCCAGUGUGACGAUCACCCCGGCCCGCCAAGCUCCCGCCACACCCUCAACAAUCCCGACACUGUUGCCACCUUUACAUUCAGCUUGGCACUGUCCUGCUAGCUCACCAACUAGCUUGCUGCAUAUUGACACUUCUGUGAUCACUCUUACACAGUUUUGUUAGCUCUAAAUCUGUCAGUGUUACACAGUGUUACCGACUUGACAAGCACCCUGACAAAAUGUUGCCACCACCACAAUGAUGCUAACCUCUCAGCAUUGCCAGCCCCUUGUCACAGUCAUAUUGGCAGUGUUAACAUCACCAUAGCCAACCUGACAAAAGUAUUGCCACCAAGGGACCUUACAUAUUGCCUCACCUAGCAUUAUCACCUACAAGCUUGACCUACAGCUUGAUCAAGUUUUGCCAGCCACAUCCAAGGCCACAUUUGACUACCACAAGCUUGUGCUCCCCCCCCCCCCACUCCCAAUGCACUAGCACCCACCACAAACUACACCAAUAAAUUAGCCUGGCAAGAUGAUGUCACCCCAAGUUUCAUUCAGAAACGGAUAAAUUUAAUGAAGUAAAUUGAUCUCCAACAGAGCCUCGGCUGGUGGCCACUGUACUCAGACUUGGCUUGUUGGGGAAGCACACAUACGCACAUGUAAGACACUUACACGCAAACACAUGUUCAUGUAAACUUGCGCAGAUGUAAACACACGCACAUGCUCACGCAAAAUGUCAAACAUAGAUGCAUAAGGUGGUACACUGCUGCUGGGACACCCAAGACUGUCCGACUCGGCCACCAUGUGUCUGCUCAUCCUAUGUCGAGGAGAAGUUUUGGUGAUUGGUGUGCCUAUGGUGAUUGGUGUGCCUAUGGCGAAAAUUCUGGUGAUUUGACCUUUAAACGAAGAAGAAAACUGUGGUGAUUUGACAUUUUGCGAAUAAUUAUGACGAUGCACUUGUCUCGAGUCAAAUUAAAGGUGAUCCAGGUGUUCACAGCAAAAAUCAGUGAUGGUGUAAGUGUUAAAGGUGACAAAAAUUCUGGUGAUCCCUUUGAAAAAGUUUUGAACAAAUAACUUUUUUCUACUCGCUUGAAAAACAAAAAUUCAUGAUCUGAGAACUCUCCAUAUUUAAGAGAAAUUUUUGAUCAGAGAGCUCGUGCCAUAUGUUGAGUGAAAAUUUGUGAUCCAAGAGCUCAUAUCGCGUGAGAAAAAUUUGUGAUUUAAGAAAUGUUUAACAUUAGUGCAGAGAAUCAUGGUGGUGAUGUGAGACUGAGUGUGCUGAGUCUACUGCUGUUGCUUAAGGUGCAAACACACACACACACACACACACGCACACACGCAGCUCACCCAUAAACCUGUAAGUGAAGGAAAAAGAAGCAACAGAAAGAUCACUGUUAAUACUGUCCAGAUAUUGCUGAUAUUUUUUCAUAUCAUUAUUAGUAGUUUUAAAGUGAAUCUGAAAUAAGUCAAGACUUACACGGGGGUGAGUGGGCAAUGUUAGAGAAAAUAUUGAAAACUGAUGUGUAGAGUAGUGGUGAGAGCCGGGAGGUGGUAGUGGGUGUAGCACUGAGGGGCAGCCCAGAUCCCCCUACACACGCACACCACUUCCUUCAUGCCCUCGUCACACACCACCCACUCCCGCAGUCAGCUCACACUAUACCCUUACUCACGUACACAGACUGUGGGAACUUUUGUUUUUCUUAAGAAUGGGUUUCAACGCCGCCUAUGGUCGGUAUCAUUAAGUUUAUAUUCAGGAACUUGACUCCACUGUUUCGACAGCCAAAUGAGGGUGGUAGUGAUGAUGUGCUGAGCCGGUGGUGAGUGUACGACAACACAUGGAGGGAGGUGGUGCCUCUGGUGAAGACGACUCUAGCUGGGUCGUCUGGUGAACACACUCAGCUACAUUAGCUGGGCUGUGUUACCCGUUAUAGCAUCUCCAGUUUAGACUCCACUGUUUCUGGUCACUUAAAACAUCUUUCCUUGUUCACAGUUUCUCAUAUUUUCCUGGAUCGUAUGUGUACAGAAUCGUUUUUUGCUCCUAGAAUUACAAAAAAAAAAAAUAUUGUCCUUAAUCAUAAAGUUUUGGCUUAAUAUCUAAGCUUAUUUUAGCUCCCACAUUUGUAAAUAUCAACCUGUUUUUUAGCCUCCAGGACUUGUCAUUCGGUGUGGCAUUAUGUGACAGAUUUAUGAACUUGUGGAGUAAAAGUAGAAUUUUCAAAAUAAAAUUUUUACUUUAUGCAGUUUAGAAAAAAAAAAUAUAUAUAUAUAUAUUAUAAUAAGAUAGUUUUCUCUAACAUUUUGAAGAACUCUUUUAAAAGUUCUACAAACUACUGAUGAUCGAUCAGCUCCCAUAAAAGAUGAAUUUUAAAGUCUUAUUCGUAGAGAACAUAGCUCUAGGUACCGUAGUGUUGUGCUAGUCUCUUAAGCCACUAGCUCAUAACUUAUUGAUUUAUGCUGCUCAAUUUAUGGUAGGGUCAGCCACUGUGGAUCUUGGGAGACCGUUGUAGUCAAACCUAUUUUAUCUUGUUUAUGUAUAUGAAAAAUACGUUUAACUACAACCUAUCACAAUGAUCUCACAAAAUCUGAUCUCAAUCUCGUUCUUGCAACCAGGUUAGAUGUCGUGUGGACAACUAGUGAAGCUUUGAAGGUAAAUUGUAGGUUUCGGGGUAGGUUGGUUCUCAUGCUAAAGGACUUAAGAUUUGUUUCACAGCUGUUGAUCCAUGUAUUUUAGUCUUGAGAACUCUGCCAUUAACCAUUGUCCUGCACCGAAUCCUUUCAUAUAUUGAGUUUCCUCUAAGUAGUUCAAUAUUCCCAUAGGUUGCUAAAUUGCUUCAAAUAUUUCAGAAGUUAAGUAGAUUGGGCAAUUGAGAGCUGUUAAUUUUCUACCCUUACGAUGAGUCGCUAUCUCUAGCCUGAGUUCAGUUCUAAAGGCUAAGUCGUUAUGCAUGGUGAUCCUACAAAGAAAGCAAUAAUUACUUUUUGUAGAGAGUUCUUCAAUAACAUAACAUCUAUGCACUGCCACCUCUGUAAAUGCACCUUAAUGAUAAUAAUACCAUUAAUAUGACUGUUUGACCCCAUGAGCUGUAAUAUAGCCCCCUCUUAAUCUAGUGCAAUGCCCGUUACGUUACGGAUAACUACUGGUACUACAACACUAUUUUUUGUUACUGUUGUUACCUUGUCGAGGAAGAGUACCGAGUUAUGGACUAAUGUUGGGAGCCUGGGACUGGUACCCCGCUAAUUGCUGUCUGGCCUCACUCCAGGGAAAGUAAAUGUCUCGUUACCACUGAUUUACCAGUUUUAAAUCUGGCAUAAAGAGUAAAGACGUGGGUAGUUGUUGGUGCCAUAUUAGUGGUUGGUGAGGACAGCAAAGCGGGCAUCCUGCGCUCCCACAUCCAUACUGUUACAGUUAUUUACACUAUUUUAAUGACAUCCAUUUGUAAAGAAGGCAAGACUACCGCCUACAUUAUUAGGUGACCUGGAGCAUACCUAACUUUACUCUACAUGUAAAUAUGUGUAUGUGGUAAAGUUGAUGUAUACAGCACAGUAGGUGAUCCAUACUUAGAUGUGUUCUGGGCGUUUGUGUGACGACCCAACUGGCGAUGGUUUUCCCGUCUUGCUUGUUGUGCCUUUCUGUUGAUUUAGUCUGUAUGGCUCCACCACACUGUUAUACACGCUGUAGGUAGGCAGUUCUUUACAUCCACGGGCAGGCAUGGGUGCACGUCGCUGCUAAGGGCCUCGUACAACUUGCACCGCGAUGGUCUCUAUCUGGCAAUCCCCAUCCCCUCACACCCUCCACCUUCAGCAAUCGCUACACUCCCAGGUUUUGUUAACUCAUUGCCGUAGUCGAAUUCCCUCCUCAGCUGAUGGCCGCUUCUGGGGGGGCUCAUGAAGAGAGAGCCUAACACCCAUGUUGUGGCCUUGCCUUGGGUACAGGCUAGGUAUACAGUAACUGAUAUGAUGCAUUCUGUAUGUUUAGCCAUAAAUGAGAAUCAUGCUGAAUGGUACAGCAACCUGUGAAUAUUUGGUUUCUUAAAUAACUAUAUUUUGUGUAGACUUUGGUUCACCUUCUGUAGUCAAUCAGACAAAACUUUGGCCUGGGUGUCAACUCUAAGCUGUGGCAUAGAGGAAUGGGAAAAAUAUGGGGUAUCAUAAGUUAAGAAUGAAUGUUUAUGAUUAUUUAGAAAUUGAAAUGUAUAGCAUGUCGACAAUAAGUCCUUUUAAACAUUUUUCUUCUUUUUUUUAUUUUAAAUUUUCUUUGGUCAUUUAAAUUAAUUCUAGUUUUAAGAAAUAACAUCGGGAUCUUUAAGCGCCUUUACCGACCUAUGAAUGAGUGUGUGAAGCAUGCCUGUCGCCCACCACAACACAAACAUUUGCGUCACUCACACUUGUCACUCGACACUUGCGUCACCCUCACGCUUAAACACAACUUACAACCUGUAAAUUUACUCAUUGUCUCAUAACGAUAGUCACUUAGCAGAUUGUCCAUGUAAAUAUUGAAGUACUUAUACAGUCGUCAUAUCUCAUCUCUUAACACUACACACAAUACUGCAUCCUACAGCCACAUUCCCUCAACUUGUACUGAAGGUUGGCGUCACUUGUGCGCCGCGCUUUAGGUUAUUCAUCGUUUUAAAUGUUAUUUAGUGCAGAUACAGUAUAGUUAAUUUACAACGUGUUAGAAAUUUUCAUUAGUCAUCUGGUAGCAAGGUGAUAUAGAAAGCUAUGGACUGUGAUUACACAGUUAUAUCGCUCCUCAUCAAGGGAAUUUCCAUGUUUACUAACUAAGAGUAAUGUACAUUAUUUAUCCACAACCAACAUCUGUGUGGAGUGUGCGAGGCCCGAGCAGCGACCCUGCGCUGUGACUGGUGGCGCUUGUCCCCUAAGUGCUGCACAGAAAAUGUGAUACGACCGGUCGUUAUGAGUCGCACGCACGCAGUAAAUCACCACCCUCAGCAGCCGUACACGUAACACAAGGUCAUGAGCUUAUUUGGAGAAUGCAUUCAAAGGCUUGAAACCGGCGGUCGUGUCACAAACCUUGGCAAGUCCCCACACAAGGCAGGAUACAAUGAAGCAACACAUUCGGCCACAAUGAAACAUAGCUCCUAGAUCUGAAAAUGAUAUCAAGCGAUUAACAUCUAAACCAAGAAUAUCACAACCCUGAGGUUUUCAUGGUAUUUUUUCUGUGGCGGCACUGCUAGAAGGUCCUGGUCACGGUUCAUACUGUGCCUUCCUAGCCACCACCUCGUGCCUUGUUAUAGUGACCAUGUAUCCCCAAGGUUCGUAUGGUUUACCUUCCACCAGCGCUAUCUGCUUGAACCGUUUUCUGUAAUACCAAUGUAGGACUAGUUAUAGAAAAGGAAGUAGCGCUUACCUUCCCUAACUUUGCAAAAUAUAUUUUGAAACGUAAAACUCUUAUGCAUAAUUGACCUCGAGUAUAUCUAUAUAUAUAUAUAUAUAUAUAUAUAUAUAUAUAUAUAUAUAUAUAUAUAUAUAUAUAUAUAUAUAUAUAUAUAUAUAUAUAAAACCAUCAAUUAACUAAUUAUAUGCAGUAUGAACAUAUUACCAUCGAACGCCAACGGUCGCAGCCCCAAGAGAGCUGGUGGACGGAUUUCAAAUGGACCUUGUCACCGAUACAAACAAAUAAAUUGUUACCGAUUGUUGUACAAUUGCGGUGUGUCACGUAUGAUUUAUGCAAAUAUGAUUUUAAUGAGUUUACAAGUUUUGUUCGUAUUAUUGCUUGUUCAGUUAUUUUUCAUAAUAUACUCAGAUUGUUUCACGUUUUGUCUUCUCCACCACCACGCGUGUCCUCGUAUGGUGUCAAGAAGAUAUGGUGCCCACCUGGAAAGUGUUAUCAAAAUCUCAAAUCAAAAUUUUGCCCCCGAUCUACAUAUGUAUAAAUAGUAAAGUUCAUCAAAUUGCUAGCUGCCAUGACAACCAGUCACAUUCUCCGCAACAUGCUGUAAAUAACCCCGCUUGUGAGGCACUACAAUUAGACACAUAGCAGUAGGUUUAAGAAAGUUCCUCAAAGGCAUUUCCGAUAUACUUGUAAAAGUAGUGUGAAUUUCGCUAGAUGCAUUUGUAAGAGGUUAGCUUCUGACUGAGCAGGAGAUACCAUAGCAGGAGCAGUUCUCAGUAGCAGUUUAGUGUGGGCAGAGUAGACCUCCACUGUGUGGAAUACCAGUAAUCAGUCUUCGUCGUGGUUCGACUGUCUGCGUCGGAGUUAUGGUAGCGCCCUAGUUCCUGCUAAGAGGACGUGUUCAUUAGUUUCUCUUGGGAGGAACGGCGCUCUGUGGAUCGGGGUAACUAUGCUAUUUUGUAUGCUCUUGAGUCUUGACAACUCUUCACGUGGAAGCUUGAAAGAUCUCAGGGCACCGAAAAUGUGGCUUAACAAAAAAACUGACUGUUAAUUGUACAGGUCUGUGCGUUGUUUGUCUCUGUUGACCAGUGUCUGAAGCGCUAUAAGUUGCACUGAGUCUUGCCCACUUGUUGUGUUGCCCAAGUUUGUGUGUGUACCUCUAACAUGUUUGUUUUGCCUGUGACGCUUUUAAUUUUAUCUAAUCGCACCCAAGUUUAGAAGAAAAAGCAUUAAAAGGAAUAUAAGCUUAAUAAUAUUAAAUGAAGCCAACAUACUGCCUACAGGUGAAGUUUGAUGCGUUACAUUCCAGCCGAACAUGAACAUCCAUCAAGCCCCUCUCUUGUUUUGACCAGUUCCCUGAACCAAUCGUGAAUGAUGCAUAUCACACCCAUGUCGCCCUGGACGCUGGUUGUCACAAACAGCAGCUUUUCUGCACCAGUGUUUUCCUAUGAAGGACUCCGUAAGGCACCCCAGGCGGCCACCACCAGGCUGGGCGGGCCGCUCUGGGAGCCUUCAGCGUGACAACGGAGCGUCCACGGCUGCGCUGACUAUCAGCCCGCGACCCGGCGGCCCCGCUUGAAUCAGGUUGGGCCGCACCGGGCCGCCCCACACGCAGGACCGCACUCCGUGCGGCCAAACUCGUGCUUUCAAAGCUGCGUGAGUAGAAGGCACAAAGAGUAUCGAGAGCCGCGCGUGUUGCUGCUGUCUGGGGCUCGGUGAGGGUCGGGCCAGGUGACACUGGAGCAUCCCUCUUGCCUGUUAUGAGACCGCCAGUAGCCCGGCCCGCGCCUGGCCCGCCAACUGCCAUUUACUCCUGGCUGGGUCCUGCUGGCCCGCGGGAGGGGCGGCCAUAGCCCAUCACCAGGAUCAAGGGCUCGGUUUGCCAGUUCGCUCCCGCCAUGUUUGUUUAUCCCCACGUUACUCGCCAAGUUACCAAGUUUGUGAUUCAAAACUUUUAGGUAUUUUACUUGAAUUGCUGUAGAUGAAGUGUCCUGCUAGGCUUCAUGCUAGUGCCUGCCGCCCAGCCGCCGGUGAGCUGCCCAGCCGGCCCGCGCCAGGAGCCCGGCCCGCACCGGCCCGCCCACUGUGAGGGGUGGACCCCAGCUGCCGCCCCUGCAGCCUGCAGGGGCGGUGGCGGCCCGGGCAGAGGACGCAUGUCAACAUAUCGCCCGGGAGGGUAUCGUAGUGCGCUAGGACGUGCCAGAUAUCACUAGGGACGUCUUUUUCCAUGUGUGUGGAUCUUAUGGAGUGCAAGUUAUUUUGAUGAUCAUUAUUGCCAUUAUGGUUAUCAAUAAUAAUAAUAUUAUUAUUACCAUAAUUAUUAAAUAAGACAUGCCACAUCGUACCACUUGUAGAUAAUGAUUUGUAUCAGAACAAUAAAAAGCAAUAGUA